CAGCCCCAGGCUCACCUGGGCUUAAGUCUAGUCUUAUUAUCUAUCAUGCAAGUUCUUUGAAUAGCUGAAAGUAUGGAGGUCGUAGCUUGACUCUUUCUCCUAUACAGUAUGAGCUGUUGUAUGCGCAACUCUUUUGAAGGAACACUAUGGUGGCAUGCGCAUAGUGAAUGGACCAGAGCUAGUGUCCAUGGUGCCAUUGUUGUUAAGCCCUUAGAGGAGACAGGUUUUCCAUUUCUGGAGCCCGAUGGAGAAGAAAUAAUUAUAUUUGGAUCUUGGUAUCUUAUUGAACGUCUGAAUGAGGUGGUUGCCGAAAAAAUCAAAGAAGGUCAUGACACUCCUCGGUCUGAUUGUUACACCAUUAAUGGACAACCUGGGGAUUUUGGCUGGUGCUCAAAUGACAGUACACAUCGUUGGCAAGUGGAGUAUAACAAGACUUAUCUUCUUCGUAUUAUCAAUGCUGUGAUGAAUGCAGAACUUUACUUUGCCAUUGCUGAACAUACACUCACUGUUGUUGGUAUGGAUGGAUCCUAUGUUAAACCCAUUGUGACCGAUUUUAUCAUGAUUUCCACCGGACAAACCAUGGACAUUCUGGUCACAGCCAACCAGCCUCUUGGCCGAUACUACAUGGCUGGAAGACAAUUUGACACUGCUAUAGACGCAUUUCAAGCCUAUGACAAAACAAAUGUGACAGCAAUUUUGGAGUAUAAAGGAAAUUACUCCGACCUGGUAUACCCAAUCUUUCCAACCACCCUUCCUGCGUUUGAGGAAAUUUUACCUGCAGUAAACUUCACAAGUCGCCUCAAAAGCUUAGCAAGCAUAGACCACCCAACAAAUGUGCCAAACAAUAUAACAACCAUAAUGUAUAUCACGGUUGAGAUGAAUAAUGGCACCUUCAUUAAUGGUGGUGAAGAGAUCAAGAGUGGCCUUGUAUCCAUUUUAAACAAUCUAAGUUGGGUUAAUCCAUCAACAGAUGUGCUACUUGACUACUACAGGAACAUGAGUGGAUUUUAUACUGCAGAUUUUCCUGAUUAUCCACCAUCAAUGUUUGACUUCAUAGCCGACGAUCAGCCUCCUGAUAGAACUAUUGCAACUGUCAAAGCAACUAGUGUCAAGGUGUUAGAGUACAAUGAAGAGGUGGAAGUUGUGUCUCAGGGUACUAAUGUGCUUGAUGGAUCUGAGGAUCAUCCAAUGCACUUGCAUGGUUAUAGCUUUUAUGUAGUCGGAUCAGGCUUUGGAAAUUUUGACAACGAGACUGACCCUAAAGGAUACAAUUUGAUUGAUCCACCAAAGUUAACUACUGUUUCACUCCCAAAGAAAGGGUGGGUUGCUAUCAGAUUCAAAGCCAGUAAUCCAGCAUGAAUUGUGUUCGGAAUAUGGUAGGGCCGGGGUCUGGUUAUGGCACUGUCAUUUGGAUCGACAUUUCGGUUGGGGUAUGAACACUGUGAUAAUAGUGAAAGAUGGUGGCACGCCGGAGACGAGCAUACGCAAACCACCUGCAUACUUGCCUCCAUGUAAUGGUUCACCUGCCAUGAUGUUGGAAGAGUUUUAUCAUAAUCAUACAACCAGCAAGACAAGUAAUUAAAUAGAUACCAUCAUCUCUUUGUAAUAUAGGGAUAUCGAUCUUAGGUCUCCCAUGGAUAUUUCUUUUUCACUGAUGAUUUAUAUAGUUAUGAUUACCGCAAGCUUGUAUUCACUUACAGAUGUUUUAUCAAUAAAUAAAUAAAUAAAGAAAAUACAAUACAAUAC